AUGGGGACUUCGUCGUAUUUUGACGCGAACACACUAAAGGUGGCGGCGGUCGUGGGCUUUUACAUGUCCGCCGCACUGGUGCACAGCAAUAAAGCUGUCCUUAAUGGUUCACCGGAUUUACCGCUACUAUUCCUCCUCCUGCAGCUGCUCAUAGCAGUCUUGCUCCUCCACGUGGCAGCAAUGUUCAUUACACGUGUCGAGAUUCCAAAGCUCGAGCUUAAAACCGCAAAGAAGCUCGCACCUGUAGUCCUCGUCAACAUCAUUGGACUCAUCUUUAAUACGCUUUGCCUUCGCGAUGUCGAGGCUUCCUUCUUCCAGAUUGCACGUGGCCUUGUCCUACCUCUGACCGUUAUCGUAUUCUCUGUGCACACUCGCACUGUGCCUUCGGCCUGGGUCGGAAUUGCUGUCGGGACAGUUACUAUAGGUUUCUUGCUCGGUGUAGCACCAUCUGCAGCAGUGCCCACCCAUGCUGCCCCCUCAGGUCUUUCUCUGUUCUAUGGCUUCCUUUCGUCGCUUUUCAUCGCUUUCCACGCUGUUCUCAUCAAGUCCUCCCUUCCUUAUUGCAACAACUCAACCAUUCAACUUGCAUACUGGACCAAUUUGGGCUCCGCAAUCUUCCUUUUCCCUUUCGUCUUGCUUCACAAUGAACUUUUUACCCUUGAGGACCUUAUUCACGAUUCAAAUUGGGACGGACAAGUGUUUCUAUGGGGGAGUGUCGUGACUGGCAUUUUUGGUUUCUUACUUUGUAUCGCGGGCCUGCUCAGCAUCAAGGUUACAAGUCCUAUCACACAUAUGUUCUCUAGCGCCUUAAGAUCCGUUAUCCAAACCCUGUUGGGUGUCUGGCUAUUCAAAGACAUCAUGACUGUCAAUCGCGCAGGAUCUAUUCUGGUUAUCAUGAUAGGCACCGUUUAUUACACUUGGGUCAAGUCACUGGAAGCCGUACCUCCGCCGCGCAAGGAUGUUGAUCUCGAAAGCAUAGGAAAUAGGAAACGGGAGGAAGAUCCUAAUGAUGGCGAUGACGGCGACGAGGUUACGGUGGUUUUCGGAGUACCGGAGGAGGAAAAGGUGUAAGAAUCCGUCCCUGGAUGUCGAGACUAAUGUCCUUCUAAUAGACACGGAAAUUUGUUGUAAGUGAUGAUCACUGCGGGUAUAUUGCCAUCCGAGACAAUUCUUAUUAGUACCACACAAUCCUUUUAGUUAUCAUCUGACACUUUACGCACAGUCAUGAGCUAUAUCUACCGUAGUUUGCGUACCUAUAAUUAGGU